CGCACUCUGGUAACUCACCCUACGAUUGAACCCGAAGAAUACGACCAGCAUUCCAGAAGACUUCGACAGGAUCAAUACGCGCCCAAGGUCCCGGUACCCCGCCACCAGCUUACCCGUGGGGUCCAAUACCCACGCGAACCGACGCCCCCUCAGCUCCCCAAUCCUCACACCUUGGACAUUCACCACACCAAGCCUUGCCAAGAAGCUAGGCGCGCGGUCACGCCUACUUACAACCAUUAUGCCCGUUCCCGGCAUCCACUUCGAGGAGGACGAAGAAGACGAGUUUACCGCAGACGACGCGCUGACGCCCCUCCAACUGGCCGCCUGGCAGGGCGAAUCAUCCACCGUCGCGGGGCUCCUGCAGGACGACGUGGACCCCAACGAAACCCCGCGAGGAUGGUACGGCAAGACGGCGCUCCAGGCGGCCGCGAUGCGCGGGCACAUCGACGUCGUGCGGCUCCUGCUGGACGCUGGUGCCCCAGUCGAUGCACCGGGCGGCAACAACGGGGGGCGCGCAGCACUCGCACUGGCUGCAGGCGCGGGGCAGAGCGCGGUGGUGGACGCGCUGCUCGACGCGGGAGCUGAUGUGAAUCUCCCGUUCCACAAGUACAUGGGGCGCAGUCCGCUGCAGGCCGCCGCGGAGGGUGGAGAUGUCGCGAUCGUGAAGAGGUUGCUGGGCGCAGGGGCCGAACUCAACGGCGCGGUCGCGAGUAAUUUUGGUCGGAGUGUGCUGCAGGCUGCUGCUGAGAACGGGCAUGUGGAUGUCGUGGAGUUCCUCUUGGGGCGCGGGGCAGAAGUCAAUAUGCCGGCGUGCCGCUUCAAAGGCGUCACCGCGCUGCAAGGCGCUGCGGCGCGCGGGAGCGUUGAGUUGGUGGACAGACUGCUUGAGGCGGGCGCGGAUGUGGAUGCUCCUGGUAGCUACUAUUUGGGAGGGGCGGCUCUGUGGCUGGCGGCGAGCGCUGGGCAUACCCAGGUUGUUGAGAUUCUACUGAAUGCUGGGGCGGACACAAGUGCAUUGUCGGGCAACCAGGGGCAACAGAGCACGGCGUUGCAGAUAGCGAACUCUAAGGGGAGAGAGAAGGUCGUGGAGCUGUUGAUGAGAGUACAAAAAUAACAAGACGUCACCUGACUUAGGGUAUGGAUUAGGGUAUGGAUUAGGGUAUGGAUUAGGGUAUGGAAGGAACAUGUGCUGAACAGACGAUGGCAAGGCUUGUAUUGAACUGCAUCUCACGCGUAUUUC